GAGCGGCUGCGGGGCGGGAGAGCGGCGGUGCCGGUACCGGCGGAGCGGACGGAGCGGCGGUGCCGGUGCCCCUCUGUGCGUUUCCACCACCUGCUCCUCCCAAGCUCCAUCCCCCUUCCCCCGGUGCCCCCGGCUCGCCGCGAUGCCCAAUUUCUCCGGCAAUUGGAAGAUGAAGAGCUCCGAAAACUUCGAAGAGCUGCUGAAGGCGUUGGGCGUUAAUAUGAUGCUGCGGAAGAUCGCGGUGGCUGCGGCCUCGAAGCCAGCAGUGGAGAUCAAGCAGGACGGUGAGAGCUUCUACAUCAAGACCUCAACCACCGUGCGCACCACUGAGAUCAGCUUCAGGAUCGGGGAGGAGUUCGAGGAGCAAACGGUGGACGGGCGGCCCUGCAAGAGCUUGGCCAAGUGGGAGAGUGAGAACAAGAUGGUGUGUGAGCAGCGGCUGCUGAAGGGCGAGGGGCCCCGGACGGGCUGGUCCCGAGAGCUGACCAACGAUGGGGAGCUCAUCCUGACCAUGACAGCCGAUGAUGUUGUCUGCACCAGAGUGUACAUCCGGGAGUGACACCACCAACGAUCGCCGCACAACGGCUCCAGCCCCCCCCCCCCGCCCCACCCCACGCCUUUCUCAUGGCCCUGUGUCCCCCUGCCCCCCUCUACCUGCCCCGUGUCGUCCCCCCCCCCUUCCUGUGGCUGUGGGGGUGCACUGAGCAGCAGGACUUUGGGGAGCACCCCAUCCUUUGGGUUUGAAGUUUUGGG